AUGGAGAAAAAGAUAGUGCGCAAAGGGCCGCUGCCUGGAGGUCGCCAGGGCGCGUCUGGAGCUGGCGCUGGACGCGACAGCAUGCGGGCCGCCAGCCGAGCGCGGGGUGUUGCAAGACCACCUAGCAGCCCCCCGCAUCCAUCAUCCCCACCAGAAGGCUUGGUGUCGGCUGGGUCUUCUCGGACUCAGCAAGCGGCACCCGCCGCUGGUGGAGCACGUCGCAUGCGUUGGUCUAAAUCAAUGAAUGAAAACGCACUGCGGGCGUAUUUUAGGGCAAAAGGGGAAGAAACUGGAUGUUUGGCGUAUCGGGCUCGGAUGCAUCGCUUUUUUGCAGAGCUGGAGCCAUCUCUAUCCGUCACUGAGCAAAACCUGGCAGACCGAGUUAGGAUCAUCCUGCGCUCCAACAUAUUUGGUGACGCCGAACUCGAGCGACUACGACGUGAGGCUAUUCCUUCAUCGAAUGGAAAUGCUACGGCUGGGAAUGCGGCGCCACUAGAUGCGCAACAAACUGCAUAUGUGGAUGCUGCCGUCAACAUUCCAUUUGUGGCUAAUUCAGACGAUGAUGGAAUAGUCUCCCACGAACUAGAGAAAAUGAGGAGCAUAUUGGAAGAGUCGAUGCUGGAAACGCGCAGCAUGCCUCUCGAAAAUCGACCGCGACUUCCCCGCAUACCCCUUAGCAAGCGAAAUCGGGCUGUCGUGCGGGCUCUUAACCCAAUGCUGGUGACCUAUUUGGAAGCCAGCCGGGACCUUUGCGAGACGGAUUCAAUUCUUUUUGGCGCCGCACUGGCAGUAUGCCGUAUUAUUGGCGCCAAACUUCCCGUGGCUGGACGUGCUACUCAAAAAAGUAGCGCCAUCCCAGCCUGGAGAAAAAGAAUUGAGGACCGUAUCGCAAAGGCAAGGGCCCUUAUCGGCAGACUGACAAGCUUCAGGUCGGGUAAUAAUAGACCGAGGAUUAUGCGCACCGUUAGGAUGGCGUUUGCUGGGACAAAUAUCAGUUUGUUCCAGCCGGAUAUCACGCAAAAACUAACGGAGCGCAUAGAUGACCUGAAGCAAAAAAUCGCUGCUUGGGGGAAGCGGAUUCGACGAUUUAGCGAGAGGUCAAGGCGGUUCAACCAGAAUCGUCUCUUCCAGAGUGAUCAGAAGAGGCUCUAUAAAUCAUUGGAGCGACCAGAGGUAUGUGGAGCGGGCCCAGGACCGGAUCAGGCUGACACUGUCGCAUUUUGGCGUGGCCUGUGGUCAGAGCCCGUAAACCACAGCGAGGGCCCUUGGAUGGAAGUUGUGGCGAGCCAGAGUGCAAGUGUUACGCCUAUGGACCCCGUCACCAUAACGCCUGAAGACGUGGCUGAGGCGGUCCGUAGGGCCCCGAACUGGAAAAGUCCGGGGCUCGACGGGCUGCAUCAUUACUGGCUGAAGGGCGAAAAUUUUUCUAAAAUUGAAAUUAUACAAAAAAGGCCCUUGCUAUGA